GCUUAAAUCGAGAUUCACUUCUAGUGGAACUCUCAUCCGUUGCACAUCCCACCGAAACUACAUUAAAAAUAGAAUAAAACAGAAUCAAUAUCCUCCAAUUCUACAUAGUUACAAAAUCAUAUAAAAAUUUUAUACAUUUUCUAUAAUUGAAUUUAUAUUUUUAAUAAUCAUUGGUAUAUUUUUGGGUGCAAUGGAGCGGAUCAUUUCGAUUGUUUCAAUUAUAUCUUUGUUCCUGCUUGGAGCACAUGGUCUUCAGGAAUUAACCGGAAUUGUUCAGACAGAUAAAGGAUUUGUGCGUGGCGCGAAAUUGAAAACAGUGGGAAAUUCCCUCGAGUACUCGGCGUUCAAGGGAAUCCCCUAUGGCAAACCACCACUCGGAUAUUUACGGUUUAAGCCUCCGCUGGAAGCAGAUAGUUGGAAUGAUAUUUUAAAUGUGAUAUCCGACCCAAAUCCAUGUCCCCAAUUCGCUCGCAAAACCGUUGAUUUAAUUGGUAACGAAGACUGUCUCUAUCUCAAUGUCUACACGCCAAAGACAAAAUUCAAUUCCGACCCUGGGCAAUUAUCAUCGGUAAUGGUGUGGAUACACGGUGGUGGCUUUUACGAGGGCGGUACCAACAGUUCGGUUUUGUCUCCUGAUUUUUUAAUCGAGGACAACGUCGUUGUGGUUGCGAUGAAUUAUCGUCUAGGUGCCCUAGGAUUUUUGUCACUGAACCAUCCGAAUAUCACUGGCAACGCGGGACUCAAGGAUCAGGUGUUGGCAUUGAAGUGGGUACAGAGAAAUAUUCGAAAUUUCGGGGGUGAUCCCUCAAAAGUUACGAUAUUCGGACACAGCGCUGGAUCGGCUUCUGUUGAGCUUCACAAGAUAUCACCCAUGUCCAAAGGACUCUUCAGGGCCUCCAUUGCCAUGAGCGGUUCACAUCUGAACCCCUGGGGAUUUUCAUCAGUGAACGCAGCUCUCUCCAGGGCAUUUGAAUUUCGCAAACACCUGCAUCUAACGAUAACCGAUACCGAUGAUUUUGUCAGACAGCUUUACCAUGUGCCUGUUAAUAAUUUGGUAACCGGAGUUUCCAAAAUGACGAACUUGGUUAAUAUACCCUUCGUACCGGUCCUGGAGGAGGCAACGAUAAGUAAUACUGAGAAUUUUCUCUCCGAGUGUCCAAUUCGCAGAUAUAAAUCCGGAAAUUAUGAGGAUUUGCCGCAUAUGUUGGGGUUCGUUGAUUCGGAGACAUUAUUUCUUCUCCCUGGCAUUUUAUUCGAUAUGUUAGACUGGAACAUCUCAGACUUCAAGAAAAAAUCAAUUUGGGAAGUUGAUCCUCAAGCCAUCCGUGAAAGUGUCUCUAUAAGUUCUGAAUUAUGGUUUCUUACUGGGAUCGAGCGUACUCAGAGGUACUUGAGCAAGAGAAAGGCAUCUGUCUAUUAUUACAAGAAUUCCUUCGAUUAUGACGCCGCAUUGCACAAGUUGGAGGGAUGCCCAAUAAAUGGUACAUCGCAUUCCGACGAUCUUGCUCACAUUUUUUGGAUGCCAGAGAAAAAUCAAUCUCUCGAUUCGACCAGUGAAAUUUCCAUGCAACGAAAAAGAGUCGUCAGACUCUGGACUAAUUUUGCAAAAUACAGUGAUCCCACGCCAAAUGGAACAAACGAUGAAAUCCUGAAUGUGCAAUGGAUGCCAUCAGGUACCGACGGACUCCAUUUAUCAAUAAACAAUAAUGGAUUGACAAUGGGACCGCGGCCAAUCAGCACGACAGGAAAAAUUUUGGGAAAAUUUUUCGAUGCCAUCGAAGAGACUUUGAACGGAUGUUAAUCCCUCAGUCACGAUUUCCAUCGGAAUAAAAUAAAGAUCGAGCUAUUGAUGAAUGAAUUCAUCUGAUUCAUCAGUUAUGAUCACAUUUCUUUUAAUUAAAUAUUUUUUUUAUUACGCUAUGGCUGAUCCGAUGAUGUAAUUCUCCUUUGGAGUUGAUGCAGUUGAAUUCUGUUUAUUUCUCACUCCAUUAUAAAUGCUUGUUUAAAUCUUC